AUGAACGAUAGAACCUAAUAAAUGGCAGAAGAUCCCUCUACAAAAGAGCUAAAUAACUUUGUGUAAACUCUCCUCAAACAAAUGUAAGAUAGAUUUGAUGAAAUGCAAGGUACAAUUGUUUCUAGAAUUGAUGAUAUGGGUAAUUAAUUAAAUUGAUCAAUUUUAUUAGGAAAGCGUAUCGAUGACAUUGAAAAAAGUGUUACAGAACUUAUGAAUGAUCUAGGAUUCUCAGAUGAUGAAAAUGAAAAAGGCAAAUAAUAUUGA